CGACGACGCGUCCAAGGGCUGGCACGAGAAAUCAAGGUGGAGGAGAUAUGCCGUAGCAAACCCAAUAAGAAUUGGCCAGGAAGCCGACCAUGGAAAUGGCAUCCUGCAAAGCAGUCUUGUCUUCAUCACUGGCUUGUUAUACUCCCGAUUCGCGAGGCAGCUGAGUGUCCUCCCCCCCUUUCUGCCUCCGAGUCGUCGCCCUCGAGGGGUUUCAUACCUCUUGCAUCCAGAGCUGGCGGUCUUCAAGGCUGCUGUAAAGUCAUUCUUUCAAGGCCCCGGGUUCAAGAAUCAGUUGCCAUGAGGAGACCAAGCGCCCGACCCCUGUUGGGGGGGUUCUGCCUAUUGCUGCUAGCGGUAUCGGCAGCAGCGCAAACAACAUCGCCAACACCCUCGCCAACCCCAACAGACACCCCGUCCUCAUCCGCACCGCCUGGUACCUCAACACCGACGACCCCAGCUGAAUCCAGCACAGGCUCCUCAUCACCAAGCACCCGCUCUUCCACUCGCACCGGAGGCGGCACACUCCCACCUCUUCCCACAGGCACCUCUCCACCAGACGUGCUCCUGCGCGUGCCGGAGCUGCACGUGGGGCGGAUCGAGCUCGACGUGGACGACCUGCGGGCGGACCUCAACCUCAACGCCGAGAUCGCCAACCUGGUCUCGCUUAACGUGGGCGUGCAAGUCGGCGUCAACAAGGUCAACAUCACCAUCGCCGACGUCGACGCCCAGCUGGACCUGGUUAUCCGGCUGGGCCACCUGGCCGAGAUGGUCAACCGCACGCUCGCGACGCUCAACCUCAACCCGCUGCUCAUCAACCUCCUGAACGAUGUUAGUGACGUGGUUGAUAGUGUUGUGGGUGCCGUGGAUGGGUUGCUAGGCAGUAUUUUGAAUGGGGAUGUGAAGCUGAACUUCCUGAUUGAUAACUUGGGUAAUAUUGUUCAGGAGGUUGUGGAAACGGGCGGGGAGGUUGUCAGCACCAUCGUGGGCAAUUACCAGAAGAACAUGACCUACACGGGGAUCUCCAAGGAGCUUGGGAACGGAUUGACUCAGAAGACGUAUCGCUAUGACCCGCUGGGGAGCUUGGUGAACAUCAUCUUUAAUACGCUGGGUCAGGUGGUGCAGGCUGUGGUCAUUGGGAAGGAUAAUGGAGGAGGAUCGUCGAGCUCCAGUUCUGGCUCCGCACAGCCAACGUCGACCGUGAGCGCGACGACAGGUAGCGCUGCUCCGACUACGACAGCCGGAUAAUAAUAGGGCUAUUAGAUGACAUGGGCAAAUGGAAUACUAGAUAUCUUUCGACAGGCAUUAAAGUUCACAAACAAUCUGGAGAUUAACUGACUACCUAGUAGUACGAUUGACUUAGCCUUUAGGUCGUGGUAACUGAAGUGAGAGU